AUGAACGACGCUGAUGUGUCGAAGCAGAUGCAGCAGAUGGUCAGAUUCAUUCGGCUGGAGGCCCAAGAGAAAGCUAACGAGAUCUCUAUCUCCGCCGAAGAGGAGUUCAACAUUGCAAAAUUGCAAAUAGUCGAAGCUGAAAAGAGAAAGGUCAUGCAAGAAUAUGAUCGGAAAGCAAAACAGGUUGACAUUCGUAAAAAAAUGGCUUAUAGAUUAUCUUCUGGCUCAAAACUUCCUAUAUGCACGGAUAUUUGCGGCCAUGUUAGGGAGAUUGACGUUGAGCUUAUUGAGUCUAUUCUAGAGGAAGCAAAAGAACAAUAUGCUGAGAAAGCCAAUGAUUGCGCCCCUAUGAUUACCUUAGACAAUCGUGUAUAUCUCUUACCACCACCAAGUAGCGAAGAAUCCAAUGGUCCUUCUUGUGCUGGAGGGGUAAUUUUGGCUUCACAAGAUGGCAAGAUUGUCUGUGAUAACACUCUGGAUGCUCGACUUGAUGUUGUUUUCAGGCAGAAAACUCCCUGA